UGCAUCUGGAUGUGACAUUGUAAUACUGGGAAGUAAUUUUGAAAGAUUACAGAUCAUCCCAGGCGCUAAACAUGGAAACAUUCAAGUGGGAUGUGUGGACUGUUCAAUGCAGCAAGGCAAGAUUGCAGCAUCCUAUGGAAAUGUCAUCUCUGUUUUUGAACCAGUCAGUCUUCCAAAAAUGAAAAAUUUGGAACUUUAUAGUCAGUGGCAGAAAAGUGGCCAAUUUUUUCUGGACUCAAUAGCACAUAAUAUAACUUGGGAUCCCACAGGUAAUCGUCUUUUAACUGGUUCCAGCUGUCUGCAGCUCUGGUGUAAUACUAACUCAAGAAAGCCAACUGAAGAUGAAAAUCCAGAUAGAACAGGUCUUAACUUUGGAGAUUGGGUGUGCAUUUGGCAUUGCAAAACUGCUUCCCAAGUUCAUUUAAUGAAAUUUUCACCAGAUGGAGAAUUUUUUGCCACUGCUGGAAAGGAUGACUGUCUUCUAAAGGUAUGGUAUAAUGUAGAAAACUGGCGGCCAGCUGUUACCUCUCCAGAUAAAAAUUCAGAAAAACAAUCCCAAGGAGAAAUUGACUUUUCUUUUGUAUAUCUGGCCCAUCCACGAGCUGUAAAUGGAUUUUCCUGGCGUAAAACAAGCAAAUAUAUGCCAAGGGCUUCUGUAUGUAAUGUAUUAUUGACUUGCUGUAAAGAUAAUGUAUGUCGUCUUUGGGUAGAAACAUUUUUACCAAAUGACUGCUUGCUAUAUGGAGGUGAUUACAACCACUGGUGUGAACCAAUUAAUUUAACAAAUAACUUCAAGAGAAAUGCUUCCAGUAAAGACCGAGUUCAAAGCGCUCUAGAAGUAAAUCUGAAACCUUUCCGUAGAGGUCGGAGGAGAUCACUUGCUCUUGUAGCACAUACUGGCUAUCUGCCUCAUCAGCAGGAUCCUCACCAUGUCCACAGGAACACACCUCUACAUCCUAAUGCACUUUGUCACUUUCAUAUUGCAGCCAGCAUCAAUCCAGCCACAGACAUUCCACUUCUUCCAUCUAUUACAUCUUUAAAUUUAAGUGAAAAUGAAGAGAAGUGUGGACCUUUUGUGGUACACUGGUUAAACAAUAAAGAGCUGCAUUUUACAUUGUCCAUGGAAGUCUUCUUACAGCAACUUAGAAAAAGUUUUGAACAGCCUUCAUCUGAGGCCAGUGUAGAAGAUUCUAUUCAGGCAGAUAUAAAAUCUGAUGAAGAAAUGGAUGAUGAUGUUGAUGAUUUAAAAAUAAAUCAUGAGAAAAAGGAAUUGGGUGAAGAUAAAAUGUUACCAAACUCAAGUAUUACACCAUUAUCGUCAGCUGCCAUCGAUCAUCAGAUUGAAGUGCUUCUGUCUGAAUGGAGUAAAAAUGCAGACAUGCUUUUCAGUAUUCAUCCCAUGGAUGGUUCUUUACUAGUUUGGCAUGUAGAUUGGCUGGAUGAGUACCAGCCUGGUAUGUUUCGUCAAGUACAGGUGUCCUUUGUUUCCAGAAUACCUGUAGCUUUCCCCACAGGUGAUGCAAACUCUCUCUGUAAGAGCAUAGUUAUGUAUGCCUGUACAAAGAAUGUUGACUUGGCUAUUCAACAAGGAAAACAGAAACCUUCUGGCCUCACUCGUUCCACAUCAAUGCUUAUCUCAUCUGGUCACAGUAAAUCAUCGAACAGUUUAAAAUUAAGUAUUUUUACUCCUAAUGUUAUGAUGAUUUCAAAGCAUGCUGAUGGAUCUUUGAAUCAGUGGCUGGUUAGUUUUGCUGAGGAAUCUGCUUUUUCUACAGUUCUUAGUAUUUCUCACAAAUCCAGAUAUUGUGGUCACCGUUUUCAUCUUAAUGAUUUAGCUUGCCACUCAGUAUUACCAUUACUACUGACAACUUCACAUCAUAAUGCAUUAAGAACACCAAAUGUGGGUAACCAAACGCAUGCUCAGGACACUGUAAAUACUGAAGACUGUUCCUUGACUCAGCAAAAUAAAAACAAUGUUGAUAUGGCAUUUCAAGAUCCCAAUGCAAUAUAUAGUGAGCUUAUUCUUUGGAGGGUUGAUCCUGUUGGGCCAUUAUCCUUUUCUGGAGGAGUAUCUGAGCUGGCCCGGAUUAAUUCUCUUCAUGUUUCUGCCUUUUCCAAUGUGGCAUGGCUCCCUACUCUUAUACCCAGUUACUGUCUAGGUGCAUACUGCAACUCUCCUAGUGCAUGCUUUGUAGCUAGUGAUGGACAGUAUCUGAGGUUAUAUGAAGCAGUUAUUGAUGCCAAGAAACUUUUAUAUGAGCUUUCCAACCCUGAAAUUUCUAAAUAUGUUGGUGAAGUGUUUAACAUUGUCAGUCAGCAGUCAACUGCCAGGCCAGGCUGCAUUAUUGCAUUAGAUCCCAUUACCAAGCUGCAUGGCAGAAAAACCCAGUUGCUUCAUGUUUUUCAAGAAGAUUUCAUUUUGAAUAACCCUGAGAAGAAAAGUCUGGGGAAAGAAAGCAUUUUAUUGGAUCCAGGCAAUUCACCUCAAGGAUUUUCUGAAAAGUUCUACCUGGUUGUGAUAGAGUGCACUCAAGACAAUCGUUCACUGUUACACAUGUGGGAUUUACACUUAAGGUCCAUUCCUGUCUCACUGGAUGAAAGGACAGACAUAAAAGUAUCAGAAGCUAUUUGGGUACCAGAAGAUCAUUAUUCCUCUUCUCCAGAGAAGAUUCUCUCUCCAUUUUCACAGAGAUUCCAGGCUUGCAGAGCAAAUCUCCAGACCACCAGCAAGCUGUCCCUGUCCUCUGAAAUGGUAUACAGCAAAGAGCUGGACCUGCCAGAAGGGGUGGAGAUCAUCAGUGUCCAGCCUUCAGCAGGACACCUGAGUUCAUCUUCCAUAUAUCCUGCGUGCAGUGCCCCUUAUUUGUUGGCAACUUCAUGCUCAGAUGAUAAAGUAAGAUUUUGGCGAUGCAGAGUAACAGAUGGAGAAUCGGCUACAUCAAAGAAUGGAAAAAUGGAUCUUGUGUAUAUUUGGGAAGAAUGGCCGUUACUCAUUGAAGAUGGACUUCAGAGCAAUAGUAGUAUAACUGUACCUGGUAGACCUGUAGAAGUGAGCUGUGCACAUACUAAUCGUUUAGCAGUAGCUUAUAAACAGCCUACAUCUAGUAGUAAAUCUCAGGAAUUUGUAAUGCAUGUAGGUAUUUUUGAAUGUGAGUCUACAGGAGGUUCAUGCUGGGUCCUUGAACAGACUAUUUAUUUAGAUGAGUUAAAUACAGUAUUGGAUUCUGGCAUUAGUAUUGAUAGCAAUUUAGUGGCCUAUAAUAAACAAGAGACAUAUAUAUUCAGUAAAGAAAGUAUUACAUCAAACACAAAGCAUUUGGUUCACUUAGACUGGAUGUCUAGAGAAGAUGGUUCUCAUAUCUUGACUGUAGGAGUUGGCUCAAAACUUUUUAUGUAUGGACCUCUGGCUGGCAAGGUACAAGAACAAACUGGUAAGGAGAACCAGACAUUUCCUCUUUGGGAGAGUACUAAAAUUGUACCUCUUUCUAAAUUUGUACUUUUACGAAGUGUGGACUUGGUUUCUUCUGUGGAAGGUGCCCCACCAUUCCCUGUUUCUUUAUCAUGGGUCCGGGAUGGCAUCCUUGUGGUAGGAAUGGAUUGUGAAAUGCAUGUAUAUUCCCAGUGGCAGCCAUCUUAUAAACAAGAACCUGCUACAACAGAUUCAUGCAAUGGAAGCACUCCAUCUAUACUAAGCUUAAUAAAACAAAGUAACUCUUCAAGUUCUGGUCUACAUCCUCCAAAGAAAACUCUUACUCGAUCCAUGACCAGUCUUGCACAGAAAAUCUGUGGAAAGAAAACUACGUUUGACCCUUCAGUGGAUAUGGAAGAUUCCGGUCUUUUUGAAUCAGCUCACGUACUUUCUCCAACUUUACCUCAAUACCAUCCAUUGCAACUUCUGGAACUCAUGGAUCUUGGCAAAGUCCGGAGAGCCAAGGCUAUCUUGUCACAUCUUGUCAAAUGCAUUGCUGGGGAAGUUGUGGCUCUGAAUGAAACUGAAUCCAAUCAUGAGCGUCGUAUUAGGUCUCUCACCAUCAGUGCUAGUGGAAGCACCACCAGAGACCCACAGGCAUUCAACAAAGCUGAAAACACAGAUUACACAGAAAUAGAUUCUGUCCCUCCACUUCCUUUAUAUGCCUUACUUGCUGCGGAUGAUGAUAGCUAUCACUCAUCUCUGGAAAAGUUUAGUAAUGAAAGUUCCUCAAGUAAAAAUAAACAGUUUUCACAAGAAAAUUAUGAUGAGCUUUUCCAGCCUUCAGUUCUCUCUGAUAGUCACAUGUUAGAGACAGAUGAAGAAAAUACGAAGCCCAAAGUUAUUGACCUUUCACAAUACAGUCCAACUUACUUUGGUCCUGAGCAUGCACAGGUUCUUUCUGGCCAUUUACUGCAUUCUAGUUUACCAGGACUCAGCCGGAUGGAACAGAUGUCUUUGAUGGCCUUAGCAGAUACAAUUGCAACUACAAGCACUGAUAUUGGAGAAAGCCGAGACAGAAGUCAAGGUGGAGAAACUCUAGAUGAAUGUGGAUUAAAGUUUCUUUUGGCUGUUCGACUCCAUACCUUUCUUACAACUUCCCUUCCAGCCUACCGAGCUCAACUCCUUCACCAAGGCCUCUCUACUGGUCAUUUUGCUUGGGCAUUUCACUCGGUAGCAGAAGAAGAACUGCUGAAUAUGUUGCCAGUCAUGCAGAAAGAUGAUCCGACUUGGUCUGAACUUAGAGCAAUGGGUGUGGGAUGGUGGGUUCGCAAUUCUCGCAUCUUGCGCAAAUGCAUAGAAAAGGUAGCCAAAGCAGCCUUUCAUAGAAAUAAUGAUCCUUUAGAUGCUGCAAUUUUUUACCUCGCCAUGAAAAAAAAAGCUGUGAUUUGGGGAUUAUAUAGAUCUCAAAAAGACACCAAAAUGACACAGUUUUUUGGACACAAUUUUGAAGAAGAGAGGUGGCGUAAAGCAGCUUUGAAAAAUGCCUUUUCUUUAUUAGGCAAGCAAAGGUUUGAACAUUCUGCAGCCUUUUUUCUUCUAGGUGGUUGCCUCAGAGAUGCAAUUGAGGUAUGUCUUGAGAAACUGAAUGACAUUCAGUUGGCUCUUGUAAUAGCAAGACUGUUUGAAUCUGAAUUUGAUAAGUCUGCAACAUACAAAUCUAUUUUACGUAAAAAAGUGUUGGGAAUUGGUUCUCCAGUCAGUGAACUCAGUUCAUCAAACCUAAAUGCACAUCGUGACCCCUUUCUUCGGAGUAUGGCACAUUGGAUUUUAGAGGAUUAUAGCGCUGCUCUGGAGACAUUAAUAAAGCAGCCAGUUACAGAGAAUGAAGAUGAAGUCGUGAUGUCAGCCUGUAAUCCUGUAGUUUUUAAUUUCUACAAUUUUCUAAGAACACAUCCACUUUUGCUAAGACGUCAUUUUGGAUCAACUGAUACAUUUUCAACUCACAUGGCUUUAAGAGGAAAAAGUGGAUUGGCUGGAGCAAUUAAUCUAAAUGAAAGAAGAUUAUUUUUUAGUACUGCUAGUGCUCACCUCAAAUCUGGCUGCCCCAUGUUGGCUUUGGAAGUAUUGUCAAAGAUGCCUAAAGUUGUUAAGAAAACAAAACACUUGUGUAGAGCGUCUAGUCUUUUUACUAGGAAAGACUCUACUCCAGUACAGUCAGAUGCAAAAGAAGAUGAGUCUUCUGCUGUUGACUGGUCACAGUCACUGAUGAAUGGUUUCGAGUCUUCUUCAGAGGGUUCCUCAGAGAGACAGUCAAACUCUACCUUUUCCUUUGACUGGAGCCAACCAAGUGUGGUAUUUCAGGAUGACUCUUUGGAAUUGAAAUGGGAUAGUGAUAAUGAUGAAGAAAAUGAAGAUCUUCCUAUUUCAAUGAAAGAAAUAAAACCUUUGCCGAGAAAAGCAGAUAAAAAAUUAGACGAAUUAAGCAGUUACACAGACUCUUUAAGCACACUAGAUGAAAAUGACAUUUUAAAUCCAUCAGAAGAUAUAAUUGCUGUUCAACUAAAAUUUAGAGCAUGUUUAAAGAUCCUCACAGUGGAACUUCGUACUUUAUCUACUGGCUAUGAAAUAGAUGGUGGGAAAUUGCGUUACCAACUUUACCACUGGCUUGAAAAAGAGGUGGUAGCUCUUCAGAGGAUCUGUGACUUUUGCUCAGGUGCCGACCAGCUGCAGACCACAUUUAGUCAAAGUGUAGGGGAAUCUGGAUUAAGUGAGGAUAUUGAUGAUUUGCACCACCAAACAACAGUGAAACAACGGAGAGAAAGUUUCCAGGAAAAAAGACAGUGGCUCUUGAAGUAUCAGUCACUCUUGAGAAUGUUUCUUAGUUACUGUGUACUUCAUGGCUCUCAUGGUGGGGGUCUUGCAUCUGUGAGAAUGGAAUUAAUCUUACUUUUGCAAGAAUCUCAGCAGGAAACGGCAGAGCCAGUAUUUCCUAACCCUCUGUCAGAACAAACUUCAGUGCCUCUUCUCUUCGCUUGUACAGCCAGUGCCAAAACAGUAGUUGCCAAUCCGUUACUGCACCUUAGUAAUCUCACACAUGAUAUUCUACAUGCCAUAAUAAACUUUGAUUCACCACCUCAUCCUGAUAGCCAAAGCAAUAAAGUAUAUGUAAUGCAUACUUUAGCAGCCUCACUUUCUGCUUGUAUUUAUCAGUGCCUUUGUGGUAGUCAUAACUACAGUUCAUUUCAAACAAAUCAGUUUACUGGAAUGGUGUAUCAGACAGUACUGCUUGCCCAUCGACAUUCAUUGAGAACAGGAAGUUUAGAUGACUCAGUAACUCCCAACACAUCACCAGCUCAAUGGCCAGGAAUAAAUUGCCUAAUACAACUUUUGAAUUCUUCUGGUGAAGAAGCCCAAUCAGGACUUACAGUCUUGCUUUGUGAAAUUCUCACAGCAGUGUAUCUUAGUCUGUUCAUUCAUGGGCUGGCAACACAUUCUAGUAAUGAACUGUUUCGGAUUGUAGCCCACCCCCUAAAUGAAAAUAUGUGGUCUGCAGUAUUUGGUGGAGGAGUGCAGACACACUCAAAAGGCUUAUCUGUUGAAGGAGAAAAACAAAACAAACAUUCUAGUCCAUCAAAAGUAUCUUGCAGAGAAUCUGCCCCCAUAACCUCUUCCUCAGUAAAUCAGGAUUCACUGGCAGUAAAAGAGAAGUUUAUCCCACCUGAGCUAAGUAUCUGGGACUACUUCAUAGCCAAGCCUUUUCUACCUCCUUCCCAAAGUAGAGUAGAGUAUGAUUCUGAGGAGAGUCAAGAAAGUGAUGAGGAUGAUGAUGAAGAUGAUAAUGUUAACGGUACUUUACCUUCUGAUCUCCAUCUCCAGGAACAUUCUAAUUCAAAUUCAUUCAGUUGGUCAUUGAUGCGAUUGGCUAUGGUCCAGUUGGUGCUCAGCAAUUUGAAGAAUUUCUAUCCCUUUGCAGGUCAUGAUCUUGCAGAACUACCAGUCAGUUCACCUCUUUGUCAUGCAGUCCUAAAAACUCUCCAGUGUUGGGAACAAGUACUUCUCCGACGACUUGAAAUCCAUGGUGGACCUCCUCAAAAUUAUAUCUCCAGUCACACUUGUGAAGAGAGUGUGUCUGCAGGUCCUGCAAUACUCCGUCACAAAGCUUUACUAGAACCUACAAACACUCCUUUCAAAUCCAAGAAUCAUUUGGCACUGUCUGUGAAGAGACUAUGGCAGUACUUGGUGAAACAGGAAGAAAUACAAGAAACUUUUAUCAGAAAUAUAUUCACAAAGAAACGAUGUCUAAAUGAGUUAUUAGAGGACAACAAUGAAACCAUCAAAAAUUCUAUGAUGGAGGAGCCAAACAUCAAUAAGGUACAUAAUGUCAUUCAACUGAAAUUAAAAAUUGCAUUCUUAACCAGAACAAAAAGAAAUUUGCAUUUUAGUUUUCAACUGAACUUGGUUUCCAGUGGAAUGAAGCGUAUCUGCUCAGUUUGCUGUUUCAUCAUAACAAUUUAGCUGUUGCAAUCAUAAAAAUUGGUCCUCUUUUAGUAAUUAAAAGAAUGCAAUUUUAAAAGGGAGUUGAAUGUUUCUUUUGUUGGCUACAGAUUUUUCUGAGUAAUCUGAGUAAAUACCUCUCAAGUUUAGGGAAUGUAAUUACAUCAAGAAGUGUAAAAUAUAGUAAUAGCGUUGUUAAAUUUAUCUCUUAUUUGAAAAUUAUUGCAAUUACUAUUAUAUAGUAUUUAUUUUGCUUCAAAAUAGCAUGUAACAUGCAUUCUUGUGUGUAGUAAGUGCCUAAGUAAGUGCCUAAGAAGUAAAGCAGAGCACAGAAGAAUUUGUAUAAACAGCCGGGGGAUGGUGGCGCACGCCUUUAAUCCCAGCACUGGGGAGGCAGAGGCAGGCGGAUCUCUGUGAGUUCGAGACUAGCCUGGUCUACAGAGCUAGUUCCAGGACAGGCUCCAAAGCCACAGAGAAACCCUGUCUCAAAAAACCAAAAAAAAAGAAAAAAAGAAGAAUUUGUAUAAACAUAAAUGACUCAUAGAAUUUCUGUGGCUACAACAUUAUGUUGAUAUUUAACUCAUCCGAUCUAAAUUAUAUGACUGAGAAAUUUUAAGACAAUCUUGCAUUGAUAAUUUUUAGGGGGAAAUUUUUUCUCAGAAGAUAUUUUUAAGGACAUUAAUUCUUAUUGUUUCCCAAGAGAAUUAGUGAAAUAGACUAAUCCUAUGCAAUUAAUAAAAAACUGACUUGAUAUAACGCAUAUAUUAUAUCUAAAACUGAUAGAUGUUUGUAUACUUUGAAUUUUUUAAUUUUUGUGUUGAGAGAAUACAACAAAUUUUUUUUAGGUAACAAUUUUCUUUGCUUGGAUAAUUAUACUAAAUAAUGUAUUUAUUAUUGGAAAUUGAAAAAAUAUUUUUCAAAUAUUUUUCUUUUGAUACUAUUUAUAUAAAAUAUUUGUUUUCUUGACAUAUGUCUAAAGACUUGUCCAUGCUUCAUGAAACUAUAGUCAUUGGUUACCAUCUUAACUAUUUUAGCUAUACUUAGGAAACAUCUUUAUGCAAGAAAUGCAAAUGGCCAAAAAAAAUUUGAAAAACUAUUCUUAAUUUUAACAGGAGAAUAUAAUUAUUAACAGGAGAAUAUAAAUUAAAGCUAUUUUGAAAUUAUAUCUCAUCCCAAUUUGAAUGGCCACCGUCGAGAAUAUGAAGCAUAACAAAUGUUGACAAGGAUACAGGCAGAGAGGAGCCCUAUUCACUGCUGUAGGAGUAUAAACUGGUACAGCCACUAUGGAAAUUAAUAUGGAGGUUCCUCAGAAAACUAAAAAUAGAAUUCCUCUAGACCCACUUCUGGGCUAAGUCAACACACCCCAGAGGCACAUCCUUGUUUGUUGUUACACUAUUCACAAUAGCUAGGAAAUGGAGCCAGCGUAGGUAUCUGACAAUAGAUGGAUUGAUAAUGCGGUACAUGUACACAAUGAAAUGUUAUGAAGAAAAACAAAAUCAUGACACAGAAAAAUGGAUGACACUAGAAAUCAUUAUUUUAAGCAAAGUAAGCCAGACUAGAUAAAUAUCAUGUUUCUUUACAUGAACCUGUCUGUAUGUAAGUGUAUGUGUGUGUGUGUUACAUAGAUUAUAAAACCAGAAAGGGGAUUGUGAGAGGAGAGGCAAACAUUUUAAACGAAAAGGAAAAGAGGGAAAGGGGUGUGUUUAUGUGACUGAAUAAACCUAUUUACCCCAGAGAGGAUCUCAUGGCAGCCGGGAGAAACAGCUUCUAUCCAGUCUGCCUUAGUGAAACUGAGUUUGUUAGGGUUGUGUGCUUGAGCAUGUACAACUCCAAAGCAGCUACAUCACUGAAAAGUGUUCCUUACAUGGUGACUUUCACAAAACCUGCCUCUCUGGAGCUCCUGGCCCAAUUUGCAAUCGUCCCUACAAACAGCCUUUUUUUUGAAGGAGGGACCUUGUGAACCUUGUAACUCUUUAGUUUCUUUUUUUUUUUAAAAAUAUUUAUUUACUAUGUAUACAACAUUCCUUCCAUGUAUGCUUACAUGCCAGAAGAGGGCACCAGAUCUCAUUACAGAUGGUUGUGAGCCACCAUGUGGUUGCUGGGAAUUGAACUCAGAACCUUUGGAAGAGCAGUCAGUGCUCUUAACCUCUGAGCCAUCUCUCCAGCCCCCCAACUCUUUAGUUUCUUGAGCCUUGUAAAUUUCAUUAGUUUCCUGAGCCUUCUAAGUUUUGUUAGUUUCUUUAAAUUUUCAACAGUGUCCUUCCUUUUGUCUAGGAUGGAAUGCUUCAUGAGGAAAUAACUAUAAAACAAAGGAUGAUGGGAGUAUCCGUGACAUGCAGAGAGGAAAGAAACAUAGGAGAGGCAGAAGGGAAAGAGGAGGAUAGUAGGAAAGGAAGACAAAUUAGAACAAAGUAUAAUACAUGUGUAAAAAUAUUAUGAAGAAACCAUGUGAUGCUUUAAAAACUAAAACCAUUAUUUUGUGAACUUAAGUAACUACAUUUAAAUAAUCUAGCUUGUUCAGGAUAAUCAUCACCACCUUCAAGAUGGUAGUUAUACACAUCAACUCUCACAUUUUAGACUUUCUCGUUUUCUUCCUUCUCAUCUCUCUCCUUUUCUUUCCCCAAGUAGCUACAAAUGUUUAGAUUUAUUUUCAUCUUCAGGAAUUAUAUUCGGAUGCUAUCGUAUGUCAUUUUAUUAUUUUAUUUUUGCUGUUGUAUUUAAGACAGAAUCUCUGAAGACUAGGCCAGCCAGGAACUAACUAUGUAGCCCCCGCUGACCUCACGCCUCCUGCCUCUGAGGUGCUGAAGAUUGCAGGCAUAAGCCCCCAUGCCUGGAUUUGUAUUUUCGUUUUAACCUGUGUCUUUUUACUUAGAUAAUUAUUUUGAGAUUUCUCAAUGUUGUGUAUUUUGAUAGUUCAUGACUUCUUAUUGCUGAUUGCUCAUUAUAUUAUCCAGCUGUGUCAUAAUCUGUUCAUCUUUUUUCCCUAGUGAUUUGAGCGAAUUGCAUUAUAUUGGAGCAGUUUCAAAUAUGGCUGCCUUGAAAAUUUAUGCAUAAGGGUCUUUGAAUAUAGGCUUUCAUUUCUCUUAUGUAAAUGCCUAGGAGAGACGGCUAAAUUACAUACUAGGCGUAGAUUUUUGCAGUACUAGAGAUUGAUGCAAGUGUGUAAUCUUGGUAUAUGUUUUAACUUUUUAGGAAAUUAAGUGUUUUCUUGGGUAAUUAUACCAUUUUAUGUUCUUACCAGCAGUGUUUAAAAUCUCAAUUACCUUUCAUUCUAACAUACGACAUCAAAGGCUUUUAAAUUUUAGCAAUCAUAAUAGUUUAUUGUAGAUUUAAUUUCUAUUAACCUGUUGACAUACUUUCUUCCAUGAAAUUGCCAUUUCCCUGUUUUCCUACUGCAAACAUCAUGACCAAACUGUCUUAAUUCAGAAAGAAAAUUUCAGUCCUUUAUGUCCCUGAAGUUCCCUCUCUAGUCACGAGAUGUCAGAACCUUACAUAGUUAGGUACUGCCUUUAGCCCAUUCAACUCAGAUUGUACUUGACAUAACUGGCUUUAAAGCAAGCUAAAUUCAGUUGCCAAUUUCUGUCUUCUUCAUUUCAACUUUCAGUAUCCUUUGAUACUAUUGAUCCCUGGCUAUUUCCUAAUGUUUUUUUUUAAUAUUUAUUUAUUUAUUAUGUAUACAAUAUUCUGUCUCUGUGUGUCUGCAGACCAGAAGAGGGCAGCAGAUCUCAUUACAGAUGGUUGUGAGCCACCAUGUGGUUGCCAGGAAUUGAACUCAUGACCUUUGGAAGAGCAGGCAAUGCUCUUAACCACUGAGCCAUCUCUCCAGCUUCCUAAUGUUUUUUAACUCAAUUUCUAUAACCCCAAGGGGUUUGUGUGUGUGUGUGUGUGUGUGUGUGUGUGUGUGUUAGCCAGUUCACUAAGAACUUAUAACCAGACCUCAGUUUUAUCUGUCCUUGAGAAUGCAUGUGCUAAGAACUCAGUUCUGUUCUAACUUUCCUUUUUGGUUGCUCUUAUAGUUUAAGUAUUAUAUCUGUGUGCUGGUACAUUUCAAAUUACCAGUUCCAAUUCAUUACUAAAGGCUAUACAUUCCUUACUCCUGACCUAAGACCUUUUUUUUUUUUUCCACUUUUCUCAGUAAAUGGUUGACUUCCUGACAGGCAGUGGUGACACAUGCCUUUAAUCCCUACACUUAAGAGGCAGAGACAGGCAGAUCUCUGUGAGUUCAAGGCCAGUCUUGGUCUACAGAGUGGUGCCAAGACAGGCUUCAAAGCUACACAGAGAAACCCUGUCUCGAAAAAACAAAAAACAAACAUUUAUCAAUCUUGAAAACUAGAAUCAGCUUCUCUUAAGUCGUGCUAAAAGAAUACAGCCCAUAAGCAUAAUUUAUCCCAUUCUAACCUCGUAAUAUUUGCUUUCCUAAUCCAGUCUUCCUCAUUUAUCAUUUGAGCCAUUAUAGUGUCUUACCUGGUUUUCUGAUAGCCAUUCUCACAUCCUUUAUGUUUCAGCUACUAACAGAAUUUCCAGAAUCAUUUGAAGGCUUCUAAACAUUCAUGUGACAAAUGAAUUUUUAUUGUAACCUUUAAGGCCUUUUCAUAAGCUGAACCUACCUGUUUUGCAGAUCUUAAAAAAUCCUACUUGUAUAGUCAUUCUCACAUAGACUCUACCAGAAACUGUUGAGAUGCUAAGCUCUAUUUCUUUGCUCACCCCUGUGUGAUUUGAUUGUGUGUUUGACAUGGUGUUCAGAACCUUCAUAUUUAAAAUACCACCCAGUUGAAUAUCAAGGAGGCAAUUUUGAUACCAUGCUGUUGAGAAACAUUGUUUUGAAUGAGAGGAUAAGAAUUUAUUCCCGUAUUGAGAAAGGUUUUUUUGAAAUUAAUUUAUUUUCACUUUCUUUCCAUGGUAAAGUUGGGGAAAGCUCUCCACAUGAAACCAGCAUGUUCCUUGGGCUAUCACCUGUAGAUUCUUUUGUUCUGUGAAAAUGUCGUGUCUCUUCUAGUACCUUCAGUUUCUUUAGACCCAGAGGUGAUCUCUUGGUGUACUUUGUUGAUAAUCCACAAGCACUGGAGUAGCCCCUUGGUGUGCUUUAGAUACCAGGAAUAUAAAUGGACAAAUCGAGUUUUCAUUUUAAAAAGUACAGAAAUCGGCCAGAGCAAAUACUUGCCUUAGAAUUAGAACUUCAACCCAGAAUGUUUGGUUAUCAAACACUGAAAUUGUUUUAUGUUUACAUUUUAGAUUACAUUUUAGUUUGACUAAUUGUUACAUUUUAGAUUGACUAUAUUUGUCUUUUGUACAUAUAUAUGUGUGUAUGUAUAUAUAUAGUAUUUAUAAUGUUUGCUUAUAUUAGGGUAUAUAGGCUUUGUUAUUGCAUAAGUCUCUAUAAUUACCUUACAAUUAAAAUUAUUCUGGAGGCCAUUUUUUAAAAUAAAUUGAUUAUUUUAAAUCAAUGAGCAGCCAUUGGUGAUAUUUUUAUCUAAAUUUGUUAUAUGCUAAUUUCAAAAUAAUGAUUUCUGCAUUUCAUAAUGAGAUUUUAAACAUUUCUUAGUAAUCUAUUUUAGAGAUUAAAGUUAAGUAAAAUAAGAUAAAUUAAUAUUUUGAGCUUUCCAACUAAUUAAUUUUGGUAAAUAUUGAUUAUAAGUGUUGAUUAUAAGUGUUCUCUUCUGAAUUCAAAGGUGUUAUACAUACGUAUGUGCCUUUUCUAGAAUAAACAGAAUGUCAAAAUGUGUCCUUCCUGUAAUAUAUUCCUCACUUGAAUAUAUUUAUUCAACUACUAAAAUUAAUUACUGACUUGGUUGAGUUACCAUCCUUUCUGGGACUCCAGUUUCUCUUUAUUAAAUGGAAGGUUAUUUUAGAUCAGAAGUCAGUAAACUACAACUGGCUGGUAAGAUAACAACUGUUAUUAGUCUAUGAACUAAGAAUGGCCUUUGGACUUUUGAGUGGAUGGUUUAGAGGGGGAAACAAAAUACCAAAAAGAUCAAACAGUGAACCCUUGUGGUCUAUAAGACUGAACUAGUUACCACUUGACCUUUCUUGUAAUACUUAUAGGAAUUAUUAAAUAAUUGCAUUACUUAGAAACUUGGGAAAUCUUUACUUCAGUAAUUAAAAUGCCAGGCAGCGGCACCAGGAUUCAUCCCAACUGCAUGCACUGGCUUUGUAGGAACCCAUUCUCUUUGGAUGGAUAUCUUCUUCAGCCUAGAUAUAGUAGGA